UACAUCCAGGCAUCAGGUCCGCGGCAUUCCAUCCCGUGCAGAUGAUUGCAGCUGCGCGGGGUUCGUUCCUCGGGGUCUUAUCGCCUGCUUCGGAUUUGUUAGCCGGUCGGAUGUCCGACCAGCUUGCUGUCCCACGGGAGUCCGACAUGCUCUGUCAACAUGAUCACGGAUCUGGUUGUCCCCUUGUUAUGGAUAAGAAUGCUGCGGGGGAUGAUCGUUGCAGCUCGGCAGGAGGGUUGUCUGCAUCAGGAGGUGAAGAUUGGUCUAGACAGACUUCCUUCCAUGGGAGUCGACAUGAGACCAGUGACUCUCACCAUCAUUAUCGACCGUGUUGGGUCGGACAAAAGGGGGGAUGGCAAUGCACUUGAAUUAUUGAUUGGAGAUUCAACAGGAGCUGACUGACUGGCAUAGGGUCAUAUCACCCUGCAAAGAGCUAGGAGUAGUUAGUACUCCGGGGGAAGGGGUGGAUAGAUGGUUCUAAGGGUGAGAAAGAGAUGGAUGUAGAUAUCCAAUAGCCAGGCUUCCAGAUCUGGAUUAUUCUAUUAUUGACAGGCAUUCGUGUCGAACUGCCA